AUGCGCCUCAACCUCCUCGCCACGGCCGCCCUAUGGCUCACCUCCCAGGCGCGCGCCGACGACGACUUUAGCGCCCGCGUCGCCGAGAUCCUCUCACGGCCCACCUUUGCCGACGCCACCGUCGGCAUCAAGGUCACAGACCUCGGGUGCGGCAACGUCGUCUACAGCACCGGCUCCGACGCGCCCCUGAUCCCCGCCUCCAACCAGAAGCUCCUCACCUCCACCGUCGCCCUCGCGAAACUCGGCCUCGACUUCACCUACGACACCAAGAUCUUUGGCAGCUGUCCCAUCAGCAAGAAGGGUGGCAGGUUGGCGGCCAUUGCCGCCGACCUGUCCGCCCGGGGCCUCAAGAAGAUUACCGGCAAGGUGUACGCCGACGGAUCCGUCUUCGAUUCCAAGUUCCUCGGCGACGGCUGGGACCCCGACGACGAGCCCUACUACUACUCUGCCCAGGUGGCGGGCCUCAACACCGACCUCAACGUCGUCAAGGUCAACGUGGCGCCCGGCACCGUGAUCGGCGGCCCUCCCGUGAUCAAGAUUAGCGGCGUCGCCGAAGCGGAUGAAAAGUACGUCAAGAUCCAGUCGACCGUCAAGACGACUGCGUCAGGUGGCCAGGAGAGCCUCGUCUUUGACCGAGUCCGUGGGACCAACACUAUUAUUCUGGGCGGCUCCAUCCCCCAGGCCGCGGGCUCCGUGACUUUUACCAUCACCAUCGACAACCCCAACGCCUUCACGGCCUAUCGCUUGGCCGUCGCCCUGAACAACGCGGGGAUCAGCGUCUCCAGGAAUCCCACCACGCCUGGGAAGAAGCCCAAGGGCGCCGUCGAGCUCGCUUCCUCCACCUCGGAGCCCCUCUCCGCGCUGCUCCGUCUCUUCCUCAAGCCGAGCGAUAACAUGUACGGCGAGGCUCUCCUCAAGAAAGUCGGACGCGAGGCGGACCCGCGCAAGCCCGGUAGUGCCGCUACCGGCACACCCGUUUUUGCCAACUACCUCGAGGGAGAGGGCAUUGACACCGCCGGUGUCGAGAUCGUAGAUGGCUCCGGCCUCUCAGAUCUCAACACAGUGACCGCCCGCUUCCUAAUUGACCUCCUUGUCCACAAUAAGGAGACUUUUACGGCUGAGGAGUGGGACGCCUGGUACAACGCCCUCCCUAUUGCUGGUGUCGAUGGCACCUUGAGGGCCGCCUCGUGGGCACCCCGGCCGCGGGCCAUGUUCAUGCCAAGACGGGCUCGUUGA